AACUGGAGCCGCAGUAACAGAAUUCAACCACUAGAUGGGGAUGGUGGUGUAGCACAGUGGGUGAAGAGAAGGAAUGAGGAGACUGAACCGUGAUCUGUUGGCGUUCAGCAUGGCACAGACAGGUGAGCAGCUGUUUGGAUGGACACAUUCACUGACAGAAAACUAAUCACUGUUCUACAGCUCAACACAUUUUUGCCAUUCAAGUGUUCUGUGUGGCCAUCGAUGCUGUAACAGCCCUGGACCUCUGUAAUGGAGGACGCCGUGUACGAGGCAGACCUCAUAGCAUCGGACUGCGCGAUGGUGCUUCCAAACUGGAUGCGGUACUGAUUCCAGUACCGCCUUAAAACCGCUUGGACCUGGGGAAGGGUCAAAGUCCUGGAAAUAGUCAGGACAGUGUUGCUCGGAGGUGACGCCGACCUCUGUAUCAUCCCAACACAACCAUCCAUCCCAGGUCCUGUUGCACAUCGGGCCAGCUGAAUAUGGAAAAAGACCAAAACAUUUAUUAGUUCCUAUGGAGACUGGGAAACUGGCCCGAGCACCAAGAACGCGUUCAUCCCAGCCCUCGUUCACUCCGGCGCCCUCACACCAGGGACCUUGGGUGCUUCAGCAGCGGAAGACGCGAGCCAGGCCUCGGACCAGGACCUCUCCUCCACCGCCACCGGUCUUCGACGUCUCGACACGGAACCGCUUCUCCCCUCUUCGCGAGGCAGAACGCGACGCCGUGGUCAUCGGAGACUCCAUCGUCCGCCACGUCCACGCUACCACAGCCAGAGGUAAGGUGCGCAGUCACUGUUUUCCUGGUGCUCGUGUUCUCGAUGUCUCUGUGCAGAUUCCCGCGAUCCUCAACGGUGCUGAGACCAUCGGAGCUGUAGUGCUGCACGCGGGGGUGAACGACACCAGGCUGCGGCAGACGGAGGUGCUGAAGCAGGACUUCAGAAGCCUGAUCGAGACGGUACGAGCCACAUCGCCCGCGACGAAGAUCAUCGUGUCCGGACCGCUUCCGACGUACCGACGAGGACAUGAAAGGUUCAGUAGAUUAUUUGCUUUAAAUGAAUGGUUGAUGUCUUGGUGUAAUGAACAGAAGCUGCUCUUUGUAAAUAAUUGGAAUAUUUUCUGGGAGCGUCCUAGGCUCUUCCGUGCUGAUGGCCUGCACCCCAGCAGCAUCGGAGCUGAUCUUCUGUCAGAGAACAUCUCCAAGACGCUUCGCACCAUAUGACUAGUAAGUCAAACCUCAAAUCACAGCCUGUGUUCUGCCCACUUCAUUGAUAGAAAUGUGAGUGUAGUACAGUCUAUAGAAACUGUGUCUAUUCCCCGAAUAGUGAGGUUUAACAAUAAAAAUAAAGGAUCUAGAAAAAACCUAAUCGUGAUCAAACCAGAUUUUUGUAAAAUU